CAAUAAAAGUGCUGACUUGUGUAUCCCAAUCCCCCAAGAAGAAGUAGAAAUCGAAAGAUCUGAAAAACGCACAAGGGCUUGGAAGAUGGCAAUAAGGUUCAUAAUAAUGGUGAACAAGCAAGGCCAGACUCGUCUCGCUCAGCACUACGAAUGGCUCACUCUCGAGCAACGCCGAGCUCUCGAAGGCGAGAUCGUUCGUAAAUGCCUCGCUCGCAACGACCAGCAGUGUUCAUUUGUGGAGCAUCGUAACUACAAGAUCGUCUACAGACGUUACGCAUCUCUGUUUUUCAUGGUUGGUGUUGAUGACGAUGAAAACGAGCUGGCCAUUCUAGAGUUCAUACAUCUUUUGGUUGAGACUAUGGACAAGCAUUUUGGAAAUGUGUGUGAGCUUGACAUAAUGUUCCAUCUGGAGAAAGCUCAUUUGAUGCUCGAGGAAAUGGUCAUGAAUGGUUGCAUUGUCGAGACUAGCAAGGCCAACAUACUUUCACCUAUACAACUCAUGGACAAAGCCCAUUGAAAAGUGUUUGCUUCCAUUUCAUUACACUCUUGUAUUUGUACUUCACUCUUUUGUCCAAUUCGAAUUGAGAAAAUAAUAAACCUGUUUUUGUUUCUUUCAUGCUUUCAAUGGUACUUGUGUAGUGCAUAAUGGAUAUAAAAGAAUGUGUCAGUUCUCACUUA